AUGCCUCUCAUCCUCGAGUCGUAUGACUCGCUCCCAUACAUCGACAGCGAGAUUCCGCAAGACGCACGCAACAAAGCUACGGCUCUCGUUGAGAACGAGCUGCGAGCUACCAAUACUCGCGAACCACACGCAGCUCUCCCUACGCAACGAGAUGCAACCUUCUCCGAUCUUAUGGCGCAGGAAUUGUACCGAGUAGAGUCUGGCGAACCUCGAGAAAGCGGCAUCGACAUGUCCAGGUACGAAGAACCAGACGAGCCAUCCACAGACGACGAUGCAGCCACCUGGCGCAAGGCUUUGAGGAGUGCCUACGCCUCUAACACGUAUUUGGGGAGCCGUCAUAUCAACCUCGGUCUCUUGGAAGAGUGGGGAAAGAACGCAUGGCUGCUGGGCAAUUCGCAGCUGGAGCAGAUUCUGAAGAGUUUGGACCACGAACUUGCCAGACUUAAAGAGGAGGUUGAUAGCGUCAACCGAGAAAGGAAGCUCGCUCAAGAAGGCUCUAAAGGGGAGAUACUCGCGCUUGAAGAGACCUGGAAGCAAGGUAUAGGUCGGCUAAUCGAGGUCCAGCUUGCUACAGAUCAGUUGCGACAAGAGAUCCGGCAGCCCAAGCGAGUGGUAGAGCCCUAG